AUGGAACCCCCAUCUAAAGAUCUCAUGCUUGAGUAUGCUGCCCCGGCAUGGAACCCCCCAUCUAAAGAUCUCAUGCUUGAGUAUGCUGCCCCGGCAUGGAACCCCCCAUCUAAAGAUCUCAUGCUCGAGUAUGCUGCCCCGGCAUGGAACCCCCCAUCUAAAGAUCUCAUGCUUGAGUAUGCUGCCCCAGCAUGGAACCCCCCAUCUAAAGAUCUCAUGCUCGAGUAUGCUGCCCCGGCAUGGAACCCCCCAUCUAAAGAUCUCAUGCUCGAGUAUGCUGCCCCGGCAUGGAACCCCCCAUCUAAAGAUCUCAUGCUCGAGUAUGCUGCCCCGGCAUGGAACCCCCCAUCUAAAGAUCUCAUGCUUGAGUAUGCUGCCCCAGCAUGGAACCCCCCAUCUAAAGAUCUCAUGCUCGAGUAUGCUGCCCCGGCAUGGAACCCCCCAUCUAAAGAUCUCAUGCUCGAGUAUGCUGCCCCGGCAUGGAACCCCCCAUCUAAAGAUCUCAUGCUCGAGUAUGCUGCCCCGGCAUGGAACCCCCCAUCUAAAGAUCUCAUGCUCGAGUAUGCUGCCCCGGCAUGGAACCCCCCAUCUAAAGAUCUCAUGCUUGAGUAUGCUGCCCCGGCAUGGAACCCCCCAUCUAAAGAUCUCAUGCUUGAGUAUGCUGCCCCGGCAUGGAACCCCCCAUCUAAAGAUCUCAUGCUUGAGUAUGCUGCCCCGGCAUGGAACCCCCCAUCUAAGAUCUCAUGCUUGAGUAUGCUGCCCCGGCAUGGAACCCCCCAUCUAAAGAUCUCAUGCUUGAGUAUGCUGCCCCGGCAUGGAACCCCCCAUCUAAAGAAACAUCAAACAAAACUAGAAAAGACUUAA